UAUUGCCUAAUCGAGAAAAAUAAAUCCUUCGAUUCCAGAACAAUCUGCUAUUCACUGUUAUCGUGCUCUUCCCUGUAACUAACUCAAGCACUUCCAAACCCUAACCCUAACUCCUCCAAUUUCUCCCUCAUUCGCAAUUCGCAGUCCUAAAUUCUCAAGGAUAAUUGGCGGUACGAUAUCCUGUAAUCGUAGUAGGCUUUCACGUCUGAUCUAGAUACAGCUAUGUCAGACAACUCAGGGUGCUCUGUGUACAUAGGCAAUCUGGAUGAGAGGGUCACAGACAGGGUCUUGUAUGAUAUAUUAAUUCAAGCAGGACGAGUGGUAGACCUGCACAUUCCUAAAGAUAAGGAAUCUGAGAAACCAAAAGGUUUUGCUUUUGCAGAAUAUGAAACUGAGGAGGUUGCAGACUAUGCUGUCAGGCUUUUCUCAGGCCUUGUAACACUGUACAACAGAACACUGAAGUUUGCGAUAUCUGGGAAAGAUAAAACCACUCCUAAUGGUUCUACAGCAAAUACACCGUCAUCAAAUUCUUCACAACGACCAAGGCUUAACCCAGUGCCUAUAUAUAACUCAGAAAAUUUUCAACACUCUGCUAGGCUAUCAACUCCUGAAAGAUUUUCAGAUUAUGCAGUAAACCAUUCACAAGUUCCUCCUCAUCGUUUAAGUGGCCAAUCUAGUGGGUAUGGAACUCACUAUGGUAGCAACAAUUAUGAGUACAGUCGUAGAGCUUUGGGGGCAACAUUGGAUAGCAUUAGCCGUUCUAGUGCACGCAGCUCUGAUAGAACUAGCCCAAUCACUUACCCAUCUUACUAAUAUUUUCAAAUAUUUGUGAGAAAUCAAAAUUUCAUUCAACAUUAGUCCUGAGUGAUAGUAGAAUGAAUGUAAGUGGGAAAUGUGAUCAGUGUCCUGUGGAAUGCAUAAGCUUUCACAAAGCCAUUGUUGUAGCUGUAACAAAGUACUAUUUAAUUAUCCAGCUGGGUUGGUGCUUAUUGACUUAAUGAUUGUAGUUCCCUUCCUCAUAGGUUAAGGAUACUUCCAACUUAAUUCUGUAGGUUGAACUCUGAAAUUAAGUACAGAUCUCUUAGCGCUCGCCAUUUUUUGCUUUGUUUUGUGCUCAAAAGGGUAAUGUCUGGAUUGCAAAACAAUCCCAUAUUUUUACUUUAGAAUUGCUUGAAGAUCUUUCUGGAUUCAUGUGUAUCAACGUUGAAUGAACGGAUCUGAGCAAGCUGUA